AUGGACAGGGGUACACCAACUUAUGGAGGUCAACGGAGAACCGUUGAGACUUCCCCAUCCACAGAUAUGGGACGUCACUCCCACGUUGCAGCAGGGAUGUUUAAGGAGACGAAGAUGACAGGGGAGGACCCUAAUCAACUCCGUAUGCUAUUGAUGCAAGUGAAGUAUUUGGCAACGCGUAAUCAGCCAGAGUGGAAUGACGAUGAUAAGACGAUGUACUUGAUCAGUCAUUUAGGUGAUAACCCUCAAAGGAGUGCUAUGGCAUACUACUUUAGGAUUGAAUCAGAGCGAGGAUCCCCACCAACAUUUGAAGAGAUGGUAGACAACCUAUCCCUCACCUAUAACCAAGUUGUAUCUCCGGUAGACAAGAUUGUGCAACUUAUUGACGUAGCUGUUGCAAAAAACCAAGACUUUGCUCAAUACGUGCAUGAAUUUCAAUUAACCACCGCGGAGCUUGCCACCAAGGACCUUCAAACCCUUGUGGAUCAGAUGAUGAUGGCUAUAUUCAAGUAUGGAUUGUCCACCGAAGCUAAACAAUUGCUGGCAGUAUGCCCUAAGACACCGAAAAAUUGGCGUAUGAUGGCCGAUGUCAUUCGGGAAAAUCCAGCAACCGUACAAUCGAUGGAUAAAACAGCAACACGUCGUAAGACAUCCACACGCGGAUGGAUCCCAGCAAGCACGAAGGAUAAAUCCAUCAGAAGUAACGAUGGAAAGAAAGAGAAGCGGGAGCGGGAGAAACCUCUGAAAUGCUAUACUUGUAAUGAAGAAGGGCACUUCUCACCUCAGUGUCCCGAAGAAUUACACUUAGCACAACCAAUGAAACCUGCUAAAAUUGAAGAACUAACAACGUCGUUAGAGAAUUUUCAUAUCACAGGUAAUAGGAGUAAACCAGUAAGACUAGCGUCUCAAAUUCAAGAUAAACGAAUAAAAAUCCAUAAAACAGAAAGCAGAGAAUUAGAUGGAGUACAAGUAGCCAUUAAAGGGAUUAGGGGGCUUGUAAUUCCUGCGUUAGAUGAGGGGACGCUUAAACCAGUCAAAGUACUAUUAGACACAGGCGCAUAUCUAUCCCUGGUGACGGACAGCUGCGUUCGUAGGUUAGGGAUAACCACUUUAGAAGUACCAGAGGCAUGGUAUCGUGGGAUAGAUGGAGAUUUGAUAGCCGCCACCACUGGAGUAGAGUUCAGUCUACGUUAUAACAGCAGAACAUACGCAUUUGUAGCGUGUGUCACUCCUUUAGAAUUGGAUGUGGACGUCAUUGUAGGUACAUCAACCAUGGUAUUGAUGCCAGAGUGGAUCGAGGUUGUUACCCAGUUGCUACAGAAUAGGAGUAAUAACUUACAAAGAAUUACGGACGUGAGUGCGAAGCGAUCCAGUGAUGUAACAGGUUGGCCACGGGAGCCUAGAGAUACCGACAGGGUAGAAGAUACCGUAACCGGGAAGGACGAGAUACCUCGGCGCCAGACGGUAAAAGCAGGAGCAGCAGAGCUCAAUACAGUAGAGGCGGAGCCAGAAGUUGUGAGCACACCUUCAGGGAAACAGGUACAACGAGAGCUGUUAGAACAACAGGCGAGCCCAAGAGUAGGCAGUCAAGAAGACUGGUUAAGAUACAAGGCCAGAUCCUCAGGGUCAACUUCUAGUAGCCCACAAGAGUCGGAUUUACCACCCGUAUUAGCAGAAAAGUACAAAGAUACAGUAACAGAUGUAUUGAACAAUGCGCACAUACAGAAAAGACGAGUGUGCCACGAAAUUAGACUUGUGGAAGGAGCAAGACUACCGAAAUUACAGCCCUACAGACAGACAGCUAAAGAGAAGAACAUCACAAGAACAUUAGUGAACGAACUCUUAGAACAGGGAUUUAUCAUACCCUCAACCGCACCCGGUAGCUCACCGAUAGUGCUAGUGAAAAAGAAGGACGGUAGCCACCGAUUACGCAUCAAUUAUAGGGAGUUGAACAAGAUCACAGUACGUGAUCCAUUCCCCUUACCUAGAAUUGACGACCUGUUAGCUUGUAUUGGGGAAGCAAAAGUGUUCAGUACUUUAGAUCUCCAUGGUGGAUACCAUCAGAUUCCUAUGAAGAAAGAAGAUAGGGAGAAAACUGCGUUCAUUACGUCCCAAGGGAAGUUCGAGUACGUAGUGAUGCCAUUCGGAUUAGUAAAUGCUACAAGCACGCUCGCUAGAUAUAUGACGGAAUUGUUCAUAGAACUACCUUUUGUUGCCGUCUACUUAGAUGUUCUUCUAAUCUACUCGAAGGAUGAAGAAGAACACAUAACUCAUCUCGAUAUAGUAUUAGGGAGAUUAAAAGAGCAAGGGCUAAUAGCGAAGAAGAAAAAGUGUCAUUUUAAUGUGAACAAGGUAGAGUUCUUAGGGUAUGAAGUCAGUGAUAUAGGAAUCAAACCUUUAACCCACAAAUGUGAAGCCAUCAAGCUGUUAAAGAUGCCACAAACGGUUAAGCAAACACAACGAUUUUUAGGUCUUGUGAAUUAUUACCGCCGAUUUAUACCUAAUUGUUCAUUAGUUACUAGACCACUACACCGAUUUAUAGCAGGAAAAGAGAAGUGGUCUAAACGACAGACAGAAGCAGUCGAACGCACCAAAGCUCUACUGUCCAGUGAACCAAUUCUGGUGAAGUUUAAGACAUAUGACCCCGAUGCGAAAUAUGUGUUAACCACAGACGCGUCUAAGGAGGGAGUAGGCGGAGUGUUGGAAGAAGUUGAUGAACAUGGGAAGGUAGUAGGUGUCGUGGAGUAUUUCUCCAAAGCAUUCAAUGAUGUGCAGUCGAGAUAUCCUGCUGGAGAAUUACAGUUACUAGGUAUAGUAGAAGCACUGCGGCACUUCAGAUAUUUGUUACAUGGCAGACCGUUUCAGAUUAAAACAGACCGUCUAGGGCUAUUGACAGUGAAGAAUAAAGGUAAACCACACCGAAGAGUAGCACGGUGGUUGGAUGAAUUAGAAGAAUAUGACUUCACAAUCAGUUACGUGAAAGGACCGCAUAAUGUAGUAGCAGAUGUGUUAUCGCGAGACGUACGAAGGUUCUAUAUGGUAGAAGGAGCCAUUAUUAGACCAACAUUAUGGAAAGAGGAUUACAAGGCAGAUCCAUUCUCCAUUGCAGUACUAAAAACCCUAGGUAAGAAAUUCCACCCAGUGAUGGAAGGGAACGACGUACACUUGGUAGCGAAGUACAUGGAGAAGUUGAGGAAGUCCGAGAUCUUCAGACAAAAGGUUUCCAUGGAUGGAUCAGUGAUCUAUUAUGAAAAUAGAAUCAUAGUUCCAAGGAAUAAGGUCCAAGAGGUACUACAGACAUAUCACGAUCACUUCUUGACAGGAGGACAUUUCGGGAUUGAAGCCACGUAUAGUAAGAUCGCACUAUAUUAUUACUGGCCAAAGAUGGCAAGAGAUGUUAAGGAGUAUGUGAAAACAUGCGUGGAUUGUCAGGUUAGGAAGCGUUAUCGCCCGAAUAGCCAGGGGAAGAUCAUGCCACUGCCUAAAGCCACAGAACGGUGGAAAGAAUUAAGCAUGGACUUCUUAUCAGGUAUUCCAAAAUCCAGACAAGGUAAUGACAUGAUUAUGGUCGUAGUAGAUCGAUUUUCGAAGUAUGCAUGGUUUAUCCCAUGUCAGAAAACCAUCAGUGGAGAACAAGUAUUUUACUUAUUAGCAGAUAAUAUCUUUAAAGAGAAGGGUUGUCCGAAUACUGUCGUUAGUGACCGAGAUGUUAGGUACGAGAGUGCAAAGUAUCAAGAACUCAUGGAGGCUUAUGGAAUUAAGUUACUACGCUCAACAGCCGCCCACCCGCAAACGGAUGGACAGACAGAACGGGUGAUGCAACCAUUAACCCGAUUACUAAAACAAUUUGCACAAUCCCCAAAUUGGGAUCAACAUUUAUGGCACGUUCAAUUUGUAUACAAUAGUGCAUACAAUCAAGCCAUCAAAGAUAUCCCAGCGAGAGUAGCAUAUGGUUACGAACCAUACGAACCUUGCGUAGAAGCCGGGGUAGAUAACGGCAAUCAAAGCCUCGACGCAGAUGACCUAGCAUCACUUUUAGAAGCCAUUAAUGCUCGAAUCAAAGACCAAUUAGAAGAGAACCGUAUUCGAAUGGAAGUCGAUAAGAAUGACAAACGACGUGAGGUUACAUUCGAGCCGGGAGAGCUAGUACUCGUGUUGAAGAAGAGGAUACAAGAAGAUAAGUUGUAUCAGAAACUGGCUGAGGAAUAUGCUGGACCAUUCAAGGUACUCGCGAAGAUUAAUGAUAAUGCCUACGAGAUUGAUUUACCACCUCAACUCACGGCACACCGAGUAAUCAACGUACAAUACUUGAAGAAGUAUUAUCCUAGAAAUGAUCGCUAUACUCGAUUACCACCAGAUAGUAGGCUCGAGGCUCGAGAUCGAGUGAACGAAAUCGUAUCAAUAGUAGAUUAUGACAAAGACGAAGAGGUAUAUGAAUGCCAGAUGGAGCAAGUAGACCCGGGCACCGUGGUGUUGUACGACGCAGACGACUUAGAGCUCUUACCACCUACACGGAAGGCCGAACUACUAGAAGACUUUCAGAAACGAUUGCAAGAAGAAGACCUGCCAUCUCCUGGAGACCCAGUGGGGACGUCGAACGCAAGGCGUAGGUCGACGUCCGAAGAGGUGGAGGAGGAUGUCGUAGAUUCAAAUAGAAACCUCGUAGAAACAGCAGCUAGAAAGAAACGUCGGAUCAGAUCUGUAUGGAAAAGUAGGAGUAAUUGCUAG